AAUAUGAGUUAUUUCAUGUAUACUUCACAUCAUAAAAAGUAGAACUGAACCAUAUGCUUCCUAAGCGACGCAUGCGCGAGUGCUAAGACUACCAGAUAUGUCCAGGAUUGAACGCUAAUGAGAUUCAUGCUCCUUAUGACAAGCAUCACAGUGUCCUCAUUUGUAAAAAAGUCACCAAAACACACAAAAAAAUGUCAAAUAUGAAGUCAAAUGAAAAUGACACUUGUUAAUGAUGCUUAUCAUAGGGAGCAUGAAUCUCUUUAGCGUUCAAUCCUGGAUAUAAGUGAAGACCGCAGACCUAAUAUAUUUACACUUAUUUUUAAACAAACAAAAAAACAAAUAAAAAAUGACUGAGGCCUUGGUUUACCUUUUACUAGCUACGACCUUGGUUUGUAACUAAUCACAUUGCAUUAAUUACAUGCACAUGUAGGUUGUGAGUUCUCUCCCCUCAUCUUCGUUUUGUCAUAGGAAAGUUGUGACUCAUUAGAAUUAACUCGGAAGUGAUUUUAGUGCUGGAAAUAAACAGAAAUUGCCUUCCGAGUGUUAGCUCUACUGCUGUUGUGGACUGCAUGUGGUAAAGAAGAAGUCUUUCGACCUGACUAUUGUUGGCCCUUAUGUCAGUCUGUAUUUUACAAUGCUUGCUCUCCUCGUCUAUUACUGUAAUAUACUGCAUACAUAAUCAUUUGGAUGAGAUAACAUUACUCUUGCUACAGUGUUCUGUCCUCAUCAUUAAAGCUCUAAUACAGACUGUACGGUUUUCUGUUUCAGGUAUUUUCACAGCGGCAUUUGAUCUUCAGAUCGAAUGGCUAGUAGUGAAAGGAAUUGCUGAUUAUGCUGAUGGUACUGAGAGCGUGUCAGAGAAUUGGAGUCCUUUUGCUAGCGUGAUGGCUGCUUCGGUAGUUGCAAAAAUUUUGAAUAAUCCCGUUGUUUUCCAGGAAUGGCCCCAUUACAAAGCAGAAAAGCAGAGUUCAUCGCAGCAAUCAGAGAGAGUGGUACUAAGUACAAGUGGCGAAGAUCCCAAACGCUUCAAAGUGGAAGUUGCUUUUAAAGAAGGCAAACCUAGUGACCGUGACCUAAAUGAGCUCGCAGGAAAGAUUGGUACCAAGUGGAAUAAUCUGGGACUUCAACUUGGCAUUUCUCAGGAUGUACUGAGCGGAAUAGAGACCAAUGGAAAAGAUAGACCAUAUGAGAUGUUACUUCGCUGGAAAGAUACAACAUCUUCGAAUGCACUUUAUCGAGACCUCUACCACGCGUUGUGUUCUGACAGAGUUGGACUCGACAACGUGGCCAAAGAAUUUUGUUAUGUGUCGGGAAAAGGGCCAAGUCUACCCAAGCGCCCCAAAUUUGAAGGUAUUUUUAUUACUUAGGACAAAAUGAAAUAUGUGCUUGACUAGUGAAGACUACAUCAUUAACAAAUGUCCAUUUGAUCUAAUUUGUUGAAAUACGCCAGUCAUACACUGCAAAUGUUUUUUGUUAUUCCUUUCCUCUGGCUCAGUAUUGUAUAAGAAAGGACCAGCAUGUGACCUGCAUGACUGGACACAAAGACUAUCUCCUACAGCUCAUGACAACUUGUCUGAUAGUGAGUCCUCAGUGGUGAAAAGUCAAAACUUAUGAAUCUGAUUGACAAAUGACCACCAUCCCCACCGUCCCUAUUUGUAACCUCAGCCAAUAAGCCCCUUAUCCGAAGUUGAUUAGCCCCAAACCAAAACCGUUGACCAUUAAUUAAGAUGCACUUCUCCAUUAAUCUACUCAUCAAAUGGUUGAGGUAAAUCAGGUAAUCUACAAUUAAAGGGAAGCGCAAUUGACACAAUCCAAUACUUGUGAAAACAUAUAAAUAUAAAUGAUAUUUUCAUCAAUUUUGUCCUUUUUAUAUGCAGGCGUUCAAAAUCGUUGUCUUCUCGUUAU